AUGCAGUAUGUUGCCGAGCCCUCCUCCAUCCGCGUUUAUUACCGCGGAAACAAGUACGAUGUUCCGCUGGAGUUUGCAACUCGCAUGCAUCCAGGUGGCAGCAGCAUUCUGAUGCGGUAUAAGGACUGCGACAUCACAAAGGACUUUGAGAAGAUGAACCACUCCGUCGAUGCGGCGGUAAUUCUGAAUGAGUGGUUGGUUGAUGGCAAACAUUUCCCUGAAGCCUACAAGUCCGCGUCAUCCUGCAAGGCUGGAGAGGAUGAUGAAAGUCAGCAGAAAAAGGAGUAUGAUAAGUCGAAGCGCUGGAACCGCUUUCUCAUCGCAUUCGGAAUCGCUUCGAUUGUAACUGCAGUGGAAAUGCGCAAGCACUGA